UGGGUGCAGUCGUGGUGGUGGUGAUUCACUUCAUCUGCUCCCUCGCCAGUUCCACGACGCGACCAGAGUAUUGCUUACCCAACAAAACAGUCAACCAUCAGCGUGCGCGGGUCCUUCAAAACUGAUUUCCCUCUGGUGUGCAGUUAUCGUUUAAGAGUCAAGGGCGGGGCGCGAACGGCCGAUUGCGUCAACUAUACGGCUCGAGGGCCAACGAUAACGGCACGUCAGAGUCAUAGAAAGUAACAGACACGCCAUUCCACAAUUGCCACUCGUCGCCGCGACGGCAGAGAUGUGGAGGUGGCCGGCCCUAUGUGGAGGCCGUUGGGGGGUGAAUGCGUAUCCUAUUGAGUCCUGUCAGAACCGAUAAUAGCAGCCCUCGCCAUUCCCACGCAACGCAUACACGAGUGACGAUGAGUUCCGAGUACACCUCGUUCCCCUUGUGUCCAACGCCAUGGCAGAACGGCACAAGCUGGCCGAUAUCAAUUUCCUUUCCCACGAUUCACUACAGCUGCACGCGCGUCUCCCCACUCAUCAGCGGCACAAGGGUAAAUCAAGGGCCAAGGACCUAGGGUGGUGUUGGGUUCACGGGCUCAAGGUAUCAACUCACCUCAACCCUACUUUUGAACGCUGCGAUGACAAUUACUACUGUUGUGGGGGUUCUACGGGACUUCAAGUCGCCAAUGUCGGUCAUGGACUGAUGAUGAUGACUUGGAAAGAGAAAGUGGUCCCCGAUGAAGAGUGUUUCGAGUCCAUCAAGGCGGGUCUUGAUCUUGUCUCCCCUGGGGAGAAAAUAAUUCUGAACACGGGAGAGUUUUAUGGGUUAAAUCCUCCGGAGGCCAAUCUCGCUCUAUUGAAUAGAUUCUUUACCAAGUAUCCAGAGUACAGGGAGCGCGCAUUCAUCUCCGUUAAGGGUGGCUUUAACAUGAAGGCUCGCCAAUCAGACGGAAGUCCGAGUCCCUUCGAAAAAGGCGAGAUCCCUUCUACCGUUCACGGGAACCCUCCUUGCUUACGACCCUUGGGAAUUAGCGUCGAAAACAUUAAUAAGUGGCUAGGAUUCAAGCCAGACCUUUUCGAGUGUGCUCGACAGGAUAAAAACCACCCUGUCGAGGAGACAAUCAGUACAUUGAAAGGACUUGUUGAGGAAGGAUUCUUCGACUAUAUUGGACUUAGUGAGGUGUCUGAAGCGACGUUAAGGAGAGCCGCAAAAAUCCAUCCUAUCGCCGCCGUAGAGAUCGAGAUCUCGCCUUGGACUUACGAACUGGAAACUCGCAAUGUCAUCCAAGCUGCAAAGGAGCUCGAUGUUCUUGUUGUCGGGUAUUCGCCUCUUGGACAUGGCUUCCUCGCCAGUAACUACCAGCCGGGAACUACUUUCUCCGACAUUCGUGCUCAUUCUCCUCGUCUGGCUCCCGGAGCCCUUGAGGCCAACAUAAAAGUCAGAGACGCCUUGACCAAAAUCUCUACUAAGCUGGGAAUUACGAAUGCGCAGUUGUGCUUGGCUUGGGUUGUCUCGCUCGGGCCCCACGUUGUCCCUAUCCCUGGAUCGCAUACGAAAUCACGCACUUUGGAGAAUUUCAGUGCGUCCAAUGUGAAGCUUAGCGAGUCGGACCUGAAGGAGAUUAACGAGACAAUCGAGGCGUUCGAAAUUGUUGGAAAUCGAUAUCCAGCGGGCGUGCCUGUCUGGACCUGAUGGCUGAUGGUUGGCCAAGGAUUGCUGUGUCCCAUAUAUGGGCUAAGGGCCUCGAUACCGGCAUGAUAGUCUGUACAUUGCUCUCGGUUGUUGCCCACCCUGUAAAUCUCAUAUAUGAAGUCAACAACGUAGCCUAACUAUCGAUAGUGAAUUACUAAGUAAUGAGCCCUCAUUGAUCAGUUCAUUAAUUUGG